AUGUGCGGUAACGCCUAUGGAUGGCCUCGACAGUCCUGGCGCCUCGAUCCAGCCCCGAUCGCGAACCAGCAUCACCGCCCGUAUGACUCCCAACCGGUCGUAUUCCAGCGAAGAGACCUUCUCGGCAACGGCACAUGGUCUGAGGAAGAUAGCGGCCCCGCUGGCAUCUGCCACGCAGACCUCAGAUCACUUGGCAAUGGCAACCAGGAUGCCUAUCUUGAUCUUGAUUAUGAUAAUCUGCUCCUUGUCGAUAUAGAAGGCAACCCUGUCGACGGUCGGAUAUGUAAUGUCAUCUACGAAGAUGACGACCCGCACUCCGAACUGCGUCUCAUGCUGAACGAGGAGGGACAUGUCGUGGACAUGUAUAUAGGCGACGCGGAGGCUGGUUCGUGGACAAGAGAGGCGCUCAAAAGUUCCAAGUCGGACACAGUGACUGUUGAUCCCACUACCGUCACUGUCACGACGGGUGUUGCGGCGGGCAGCGAGUCUCGACCUACGUUCCCUGCCAGUACGAUUAGCGUGCAGACGGCAUCGGGAACUAUGGUGACACCGGCGCCGUAUGUAUACGGUCUUUGA